AUGGCGGCCGCUCGCUGGGCCCUGGCGCUCGCCCGCGGGGCCGCCCCGGUGGCGCUGGGACUGAUGUUCUGGGUGGCGAUGGCCGGGGGCGAGCAGGACCGCCUGGACAGCCUCAAGGCCCUUCCCGAGGCGAAACCGGAGGUUUUGUCGGAGCGGCGCCGCCACAACGAGCUGAUCAUGGCGGCUCUGCGGGAGGCGGCUGAGACCGACGAGAACGUGGCGCGGCGGCCCGUGCCCUGGCGGAAGUGACGUCAGCACCGGGAGACCCACCUCUCACCCCUUCUCCCCCAACUCCCAGUAACGACCCCCGGUAACUCCCAGGCGGAACCGUCAGUGCGGGGCGCGGUUUAGCUGACUUGGUGCUACAACGCACGGACUCAUUUCACGUCGCAUUCUUCCGGCGCUGCCGCGUCCCCCUCACGGGGAGGCCUCACCGCGCGCGGGGUCAGCGCCGGUUCCUGGCGCCGUUCAGGCCCCGCUGCGGCGGGAGUGACGUCAGCACCGGGAGGCCUUCGGUAACGACCCCUCCCUUAAACCGUCCGUUAACCCCCCCCCGUUAAUCAGGCGGAACCUUCGCGGCGAGACGCGGUCGCUACACGGACCCCAUUUAGCGGGUGACCGCCGCUACACGGACCCCAUUUAGCGGCGCGCG